CAAAAAUGAAGAAAUUUAAUAAAAAAGAAAUGCAAAUUGGGGGCAAUUUGCAAAGGUAUAUCAAUCAAUCACAUUUUAAUAAUAUGACACAUAUAGGACACAAAAAGUAUCUAUAAAAACACUCACUCCCAUGCUUAGAAAUCACAAGACUCAUAAGAAAAAAAAAUAGAUUCUACCUAAUCUUUUUCUCAAGCAUGAAGGACACCAUAGUUCUUUACCCAGCUUUUGGAAGUGGACACUUAAUGUCCAUGGUUGAGUUAGGAAAACUUAUACUAACUCACAACCCUUCAUUUUCCAUAAAAAUUCUAAUCCUCACACCACCAAACAAAAAUAAUAUCAAUGAUUCCACAUGUCAAUACAUAUCCUCUAUCUCUUCAAAAUUUCCCACAAUCAAUUUCCACUAUAUACCUUCAAUUUCAUUCACUUUUACUCUCCCACCUCAUUUACAAACCCUUGAACUUUCCCCUCGUAGUAACCACCAUGUUCAACAUAUUAUUCAAUCAAUAGCCAAAACUUCAAAUCUCAAAGCUAUUAUCUUAGAUUUCCUCAACUAUAGUGCUACACAAGUUACCUACAAUCUUGAAAUCCCAACUUACUUUUACUAUACCUCAGGAGCUUCUCUUCUAUCACUUUUCCUUAACUUUCCAACUUUUCACAAAAACGCGACAAUAGCCGUUAAGGACUAUAGCAUCCACACACCUAUUGAACUUCCCGGGUUACCUAGGUUAUCAAAAGAUGAUUAUCCAGAUGAAGGAAAGGAUCCCGCGAGUCCAAGUUAUCAGGUUUUGCUUCAAUCGGCUAAAACUUUGAGGGAAAGUGAUGGGAUUAUUGUAAACACUUUUGAUGCUAUCGAAAGAAAAGCAAUUAAAGCUUUGAGAGAUGGGUUAUGUGUUCCCGAUGGAAUCACUCCUUCGAUAUUUUGCAUUGGACCUGUGGUUUCAGUUUCAGCCUCGUCCGAAAAAGAUGAAAAUGGUUGCCUAAGUUGGCUUGACUCGCAGCCAAGUCAAAGCGUCGUGUUUUUGAGUUUCGGAAGUAUGGGGAGAUUUUCUAAAGCUCAAUUGCAUGAGAUGGCUAUUGGAUUGGAGAAAAGUGAACAAAGAUUCUUGUGGGUUGUUAGAGGCGACUUGAAGUUAGAUGAUGUGAGUUUGGAGGAGUUGUUGCCAGAAGGGUUUUUAGAAAGGACAAAGCAGAAGGGACUUGUUGUGAGGAAUUGGGCUUCACAGGGUGCAAUACUAAGACAUGACUCGAUUGGUGGUUUUGUAACUCAUUGUGGAUGGAAUUCGGUGUUGGAAGCUGUAUGCGAAGGAGUUCCAAUGAUUACGUGGCCACUUUAUGCAGAGCAGAAGUUGAAUAGAGUGAUUUUAGUACAAGAAAAGAAAAUAGCAUUAGAAUUGAACGAGUCAAAAAAUGGAUUUGUGAGUGGGAUUGAAUUAGGGGAGCGAGUUAAGGAGUUAAUGGAAGGAGAAAAAGGGAAGGAGAUUAGAGAUACGAUUUUGAAGAUGAAAAAAAGUGCUAAAGAGGCAAGAGGAGGAGGUGGAUCUUCUCUUGUUGACUUGAAAAUGUUAGGAGAUUCAUGGAGGGAGCAUGCUUCAUGGAAUAGUUUAUCUCCAAAUUCCCCAUUUCUUUUUGCUUGAAAGUAUGGAACUACUACUAGUUAAAUGGAAUAAGCUUAGAAAAGUGAAUUUCUAAGCACAAAUUUAGUGUGUCAUUGAUUAUGUUGUUGAUAAUAUACGUAGUGAUUUUGAA